CGUCUUGCAUUGUACGUGAAGCAAGUCAGAAGUUGCCUCAAGCCGAGACAAGUAGUUCCACAUUAAUUUUCUAAGCACCUAUUUAUCAUUACUUUAUUUAUAUCUAUUUUGUUGCAGUGGAUUCAACAUCAACAAACCAAACAUGGGACUAAAUCACUUACACUGGAUUUUGCAAGUUCCUGAGGUGUGAGGACGACAUUGACGUCAGACAACAGAGGAUCAAAAAGCUACUUCAAAAAAUGGCUGCAUCACUACUUGCUAACUGGCUGAUAUUAGCCACAAUUCUGCUAAAUUCAGCACCAUGUGAUGGAACAGUGGCGGAACUCAAAGCUGGAUCUCCACUGAGAUUCACGCACCAUCUCUACAACACCACCAUCGACGAGAACUCCGGUGCAGGAUCGUACGUCGAGACUCCAGUGAAGAUGGGCUUGGAGAUGGUGGAUACAUUCUGGGAAAUCAAAUAUCUGAUCGUUUCCGGGGACGACGGCGGCUAUUUCCAAGCGGAGGAUGUCAGAGUAGGAGAUUUUUGUUUCCUGAGGAUCAAAACUCAACAUGUGGCACUUUUAAACAGGGAAGUGAGGGAUACUUAUACACUGACGGUGAAGGCCACAGAGAGCACUCAGGAACUCCAAGCAAAGACCAAAGUCUUUCUUCAGAUCCUGGACACAAACGACCUCAAGCCUCUUUUCGACCCAUCCUCCUAUAGCGUGGCCAUCUCAGAAGACACGCCACUCCAGACCAUUCUGACCAGGGUUAGCGCGGCGGACGCUGAUAUGGGCAGUAACGCCGAGUUCUAUUACUCAUUCACCAUCAAAUCCCAUCCGUUUGUUGUGGAUCCUUUCAGCGGAAUCAUCAGUCUGUUGAAGAAACUCAAUCACACCCGCAGCGAGCGAUACGAGCUCACCGUGUUAGCUGAGGACAGAACCAAGAGGAUCUCAGGGGUUCAGAAAUACGGCAAUGUCGCCAAGGUGAGCGUGAAAGUACAAAAAGCUGCCGCGGCUUCUCCGGUGAUCAAACCUCCUGCCGAGCCAUUGGUCUCUGCAGACGGCAUGGUGACAAUCAACGUCCACGUCGAGGCAGGCCUCAAGCCCGUCAAUUCUCUUCGAAUCGUUGGCGGUGAUCCUCACAAAAACUUUGAGGUCAUCCCUGACGGAUUGCAGGGGAAUGACUUCCAAAUAGUCUCCACCAAGAAGAUCCUCUGGUCACAAAGUCCCUUUGGGCAUAAUCUGUCCUUACAAGCUCAAGACAUCAGUUCCCCUGGUUUGAUGUCUUCCGUUGCUAAGAUCCACAUUCCUGCCUUUCAUUACCGACCAAUGUCGUUCGUGGAAGACACCUACGUUGUUGUCAUCAGUGAGAUGUCUCCCCCGAAAACCUUUGUUGCAAAGGUGUCAGUUAAUUUCGGCAAUGUGACAUACAGUGUUAAAACAAAUGCAGACAGCUCUAAAUUUAAGAUAAAUCCCAAAAGCGGGAUCAUCAUCACCAGGGAGAUGUUUGACUACGAGGGUCAGAAACACUACGAAUUUGACAUACUAGCUAACGGAGGCGAGGCUAAGGCUCACGUUGUGGUCAAGAUUGCAGACGAGAAUGACAAUAGUCCAGAGUUCACACAGUCCUCCUAUCAGGCUACAGUGGAUGAAAAUAGCCCCAUCGGCAGCAGCCUUUUGAAAAUAAAAGCAACAGACAAGGAUGAGGGGAAACACAGCUUUGUGACUUACACCAUUACCAAUGCAGACCACCUGCCAUUCGCAAUAGACCCCUUUACGGGUGUCAUCUUCACUACAGGACACAUGGACUUUGAGCUAAUGAAGCGUUGGUACCACCUGAGGGUUUGGGCUUCAGACAGUGGCGAGCCAUUCAGUCGGGUCAGCGAGUGUGCCGUGACAAUCACCCUCAAUAAUGUUAACGACAACGUGCCUCUUUUUGAGACAGUGGGCUGCAACGUCACAGUACCCCCAGAUCUUGCCAUUGGCCAUGUGGUUGUGGAGCUGUCGGCUAUUGACUUGGAUGAGCUGCAGCAGCUGCGCUAUUUCAUUGAGUCGGGCAAUGAGCUCCAGAUAUUUGCCAUUGACUCUGUUUCGGGUGAGGUCAACCUGAAGCAUACAAUCCCACCGGGUGUAUAUUCAUUCGAUUUGGGAGUUGUGGCCUUUGACGGGGAGCACCGUUCAGAGGCAUCAGUUGUGCGGGUGACAGUCACCAGCUCGGGCGAUGAGCCGACAGUUCGCUGUCAGGAAACAUUAAUUUUCAAACAGCUCACAGACAAACUGAUAGAGUCAAUCAAACCCAUCUGGACUGAAUAUGUGGAGGAUACAUCAUCUGAUAUCUACAUCACUAACAGACACCCUCCAAUGUUUGAUGCUGGCCUUCCCAGCUUUCUGGAUCUCUCUGAGGACUACCCGCUGAACUCUACCGUGGUCCGCUUGGAUGCAUCAGACCACGAUACAGGUUUUAAUGGGAUGCUUGCGUACGCCAUCACUGGUGGGAACGAGGAUGGCUGCUUUGCUGUAGACACCUUCUCCGGGGAUCUUCGUCUAGUUUGUCGGCUCGACCAAGAGAGUAGAGAGUUCUACAUUCUGAACAUCACUGCCUAUGAUCUGGGAUCCCCGCAAAGAUCAGUGUGGAAGUUUCUCGCAGUGAAUGUGUUGGACGUCAACGACAACCCGCCUCUUUUCGAUCAACUUAGACAUGUGAUUCGAAUCCCUGAAAACAUCAAAGUAGACUCCGUCAUUUUCAGAGCCCAUGCAACUGAUUCUGACAAAGAUGCAAGCGGGAAAAUCAAGUACAGCCUUCUGACAACUACCGACAGAUUUCAGAUUGAUGAUGUCACAGGCGAGGUGGUGGUCAGAGCUCCUCUGGAUCGAGAAGUCUCACCCAGGCAUGACCUCUGGAUUGAAGCCAGGGAUCAGUCCAAAUUCUUUCCCCCGUUGUCUGCCACCCUCCACCUUAUAGUAGUGCUUCAGGACGUCAACGACAACCCGCCAACCUUUCUAACAAAGAUCUACAGAGUCAAAGUUCCUGAGGAUUUACCAUUGGGAACUUUACUGGUGUGGGUAGAGAGUGUGGACCAUGAUCUGGGUGCCGGUGGCCUCAUCUCGUACAACCUUAAGAACACAGAGGGUGGGAUCUUUGGCCUAGACUCCUCCACCGGUGCCUUGACUCUAGAGAGGGAGCUGGACUUUGAGCAAACGCCACUAUACAACUUUACUGUUCGCGCCGUUGACCACGGCCUCCCGCGAUCCCUAUCGUCGUCCUGCAUCGUGGAGAUCCAGGUCUUAGAUGUAAAUGAGAACCUCCACCGGCCUCUUUUCUCUGAGUUUGUGUUUGAGGCCAUGGUGAUGGAGGACGCAGUGGAGGGUACAUCAGUGCUCACAGUGACGGCCACGGACAAGGACGUGGGUGAAGACGGCGUCAUCCGGUACCACAUCCACGACGGUUCUGGUCUCGGAGUGUUCGUCAUUGACGAGGAAACAGGGGUGAUCCGGACCACUCGGCCGCUGGACCGGGAAAAGGUUUACCACUACUGGCUCUCUGUGAUGGCCACUGACCUUGGGACUGAGCCCCUGGCCUCGUGGACGCACAUCUACGUAGACGUGCUGGACAUCAACGACAACGCUCCGGAGCUUUCCCAGCCUGUCUACUUUGCGACCGUCCCGGAGAAUAUAGAUGCUGUCACGUCUGUCGUCCUGGUGGCAGCCUCAGAUGCUGACGCAUCAUCGCAAGGACAGCUUUCAUUCCACAUGUCAGAGUCUCAUCGGACGUACUUUGAUGUUGAUCGCCAAACAGGUGUCAUCAGCACAGUGGCUGCGUUGGAUCGUGAGGAUAAAGCUGAGCACAGUAUUGAAGUCAUAGUGUCCGACAAUGGCUCCCCGUCUUUGCACUCCACCGCAACGGUGGUGAUUCGUGUGCUGGACGACAACGACAACUGGCCCAAGUUCACAGACAAACUUUUCCACGUCAAACUGCCCGCCCAGCUUCAACAAGACGGCCAUCUGGAAGUCUGCCGAAUGAUCGCCCAUGACGACGACGAGGGCUCCAACGCCGAUGUUACGUACACGCUACAGGACGACCACGAUGGCAGUUUCCAAAUUGAUCCAUUGACGGGUGUGGUGACAUCACUUGGAGACUUCUGGCCCGGGAAUUACACCAUUCUCACGAUUAAAGCCAUGGACGCGGGGAGCCCAUCACUGUCCUCUGCAGCAAGGCUGGACAUCGAGUGGGUUUCGCCCGAGUCGCCUCCCGACGAGCCAAUUGCCUUUGAUGAGGCUCACUUCACCUUUGCUGUCAUGGAAACGGAACCCGUAACUCACAUGGUGGGCAUCAUCAUGACUGAGACAUACCGGCUGCGCUGGUUUCACAUCGUAGGUGGAGAUGAGGAAAAGGACUUUGACAUCCAGAGGAACUCGGGCACCAUCUCUAUCGCCCGCCGACUGGAUGCCGCCCGUCGCUCAAACUACAACCUGACAGUGCAGGUCACCAACGGCCACCACAGCUCCACUGUGCAGGCCUACAUCCGUGUUCUGGACAUGAAUGAACAUCGGCCCGUCUUCUUCAAGACUCUCUAUGAGGUGAGGGUGCCUGAGGACACGCCAGCCUGGAAGGACAUCCUACACAUAGGGGCACACGAUGAUGACGCCAACAGCAAGCUGGUCUUCUCAAUUCACAACAGCGUGCAUCCCAACAGCUACAAACUCUUCCAUCUGGAUCCCAAGAGCGGUGUCCUGGCCACCACAGACAAACUGGACUACGAGACCAUCUUGCAGCACACGCUUGUUGUCAUGGUGCGUGACCAGGAGAUACCAGUCAAGAGGAAUUUUGCCAAAGUGAUAGUGCAUGUGGAGGACUGCAAUGACCAUGCACCUGCCUUCCUGCACACGCGCUAUGAGGCAGCUGUGUCUAAUGUGUCCCCUGUCGGCUACGAGGUGGUGCGUGUCAAGGCCCUGGAUGGUGACGCAGGCAGCAAUGCCAACAUUGCGUACUCCCUGCAUUCCGGCAACAUCAACAACAUAUUCUUCAUCGAUCAAAUCCUGGGCUCCAUCAGCGUGUCCAAACCUUUGGACCUGCAGCAGCAGGACCCUUUCCACCUCACGGUGAAGGCCACUGAUCAGGGCUUUCCUCAACGCAGCGACAUCUGCUCUGUCCACGUUCAUGUCCGCAUCUCUGACCACACCCCACCAGUCUUCCAUGAUGAUGAAUAUCUUGCAGAAAUCAGCGAGCAGAGUGUUUCAGGGACACCGGUGGUCACCAUCUCGGCCUCCAGUCCAGCUGCAAUAAGUUACGGUAUCGAAAGUGGCAACCAAGACGGAACAUUUCACAUCAACCGAUACACUGGGAUGAUCACAAUACAAAAUCAUCUGGAUUUUGAGACGUGUGCCUCCUACACGCUUAACGUUUUGGCAUCCACUAGUUCUGGAGCUGUGUCAAAGACAGCAGUUUACAUCUAUGUAAUCGAUGAGAACGAUAACACUCCUAUUUUUGCACAAAGCGAGUACACCGGACAAAUAAGUGAAGCGGAACACAUCAAUAGCCUUGUGAUGUCGGAAGACAACAUGCCUUUGGUUGUCCAGGCUUCGGAUGAGGACCAAGAUGCGAAUGCACUACUUGUCUAUGAGAUCUUAGAAGAGGAGGCCGGAAAAGUGUUCAAGAUCGACAGUAGCACAGGUGCAAUCUCACUAGUGGCGCUGAUAGACUUUGAACGUGAGGCUGAGUAUCACUUCAGCGUGCAGGCGAAAGAUUCUGGGAAACCAUCACUGUACGCUACCCAACCUGUCAAGGUUACUGUGCGUGUCCUGGACGUAAAUGAUGUCCCGCCACGGUUCUCUGCCACUGUAUAUGAGUCGUCCAUCAUCUUUCCGCCGGUCACAGGCACGGAGGUAACAAGGGUGGUGGCUCACGAUGCAGACUCUGCAGUCUCAUACAGCAUUGACAAAGGACAUCUCCAAGAUGUCUUUUCUAUUCAUUCCGCCACUGGAGUCAUCACGGUGAGCAACGUCUUGAAGUUUAAGCCAUUUUACCAAUUAGUAGUUAGCUCCUCAGAUGGGCUUCACAGAGACUCUGCCAUUGUGAGGGUGAAUGUCACUAAUGUCACAGAUAGUGGUCUAAACUUUGAGCAAAACACCUAUUCAGUGAGCGUUUCAGAGAACCUGAACAGCGUGAAAAUGUUAGCAGCGCUCAAACCAACAGGAUGUUACCUAAACGAGCCUCUCUCGUAUUCUCUCUUGAACCCCGUGGGGAGGUUUGCAAUCUCCCGGACAUCCGGUGUCAUGGAGACCACGGGCGUGCCCUUUGACCGCGAGGACACAGACGUCUACAAUGUAGUGGUGAUGUUACAAGAUACAAGAACUCCAUCGAGGACAGCCACCGCUCAGGUGAAAGUCUUUAUCGACGAUGUCAACGACAACCCACCUCUGUUCCUCAACCUCCCGUUCUCAAUGACGAUACCUGAAGAUGUAGAACCGGGAGAUGUUGUGUACCAGGCCAUUGCCAUUGACAGAGAUCUGGGUGAGAACGGAUCCAUUGUGUACUCUCUGGAGGAGGAUUAUGAGCUCUUCAGGAUAGAUCGAAAUAUGGGAGAUGUUUGCCUUCAGAGGCCUUUUGAUUUUGACACCCUAAGCAAAUAUGUCUUGACGAUCCAGGCAAUGGAUGAGGGGGAUCCCGGUCACAUGACACAGGCACAGCUCAGUAUUCAAGUGAGGAACCGGUCUAACCCAAUUUUCCAAACACUUUUAUAUCCUCUGAAAGUCCCAGAAAGUGUCCCCCCCUUCACUACCAUCUUGCACGUGCAGGCCAGGAAUCCUGAAGGCUAUCGCCUGACUUACAACCUAGUGGAGGAAAAUGCUUCCAAGCACUUUCAUAUUGACUUCAAGACGGGUGUGUUGUCAGUCACUACCCCGUUAGACUAUGAGAGCCAGACCCUACAUGUGUUUACUGUGCGAGCCACAGAUUCUGUGAGUGGAGCAUUUUCAGAGGCAUCUAUUGAGGUGGAGGUUGAUGAUGUGAACGAUAACGCCCCCUUUUUCUCCCAGCAAAUAUACACUGCCAACAUUGCGGAGGGGCUUCCUAUUGGCUCCUCAGUACUUCAGCUUUCUGCCUUCGACUUGGACUCUGGCAGAAAUAAAGAUCUGACAUUUCACAUGGCGAGAACAGAAGGCAACAAAACCAAUUUCUUCGACAUAGGCCAACAAAGUGGAUUGAUUUUCUUAAAGCAAGUUCUGGACUAUGAAAGCGUGAAUCACUUCCAGUUGAAAAUUCACGUGGUUGACAAUGGAAGCAUCGCCCUCAGUGGUGAGGCUGUUGUCUUGGUUAAUGUCACUGAUGUCAAUGACAAUCCCCCAGACUUUGUCAGCUCUCAUUUCCAAGCCUCGUUGGACGAAUCUGCAAAGUGUGGCCUCAUUGUAAUAAAAAUUCAAGCGUCCGAUCCAGAUGUCGCAGACACCAACAACCUCAAGUACAAAAUCCUUUCAGGCAAUGAAGACCACUACUUCAACAUUAAUGAAACCUCUGGGAUCAUCUCUUUUGCUAACAUCUGCAAGAGGAACCUGGAUCCGUACUACAACCUGACAGUGGCAGUGUCAGAUGGCGUGUUCCAGAAAAGUGCGCCGGUCAACAUUGACAUGAUCAAUAGCAACAGACACAGCCCAUACUUUCGACAGAGCACGUAUGAAGCGGAACUUACUGAAAAUGCAGAGGCAGGAACCCGUGUGAUCCGCCUUGCCGCCAUUGACCCAGAUGAUGGGCCUUACGGCAGUGUGGACUACACCAUCAUAAACAAGCUGGCGGAUGAGAAGUUCGCCAUUAACGCAAACGGUCAGAUUGUCACCACACAACCGCUAGAUAGAGAAAACCCUGACCAGAGGGUAAUCGCCAUCAAAGUGAUGGCAAAAGAUGGUGGCGGUAAAGUGGCCUUUUGCACAGUCAAGAUCAUACUGGCGGAUGACAACGACAAUGUUCCACAGUUCAAAGCAUCCGAGUACCAGGUUGCUAUUCAGUCGACCGUCAACAAAGGAUCCCCUGUCAUUCAAAUUAUGGCAUAUGAUGCAGACGAUGGUAAAAACGCCGACAUCACCUACACCGUAGAUGAAGGUGAAGGGGCCACAGAGGAUGUGAUUGAGAUCAACCCAUUCACUGGUGUCGUGAGCGUCAAAGAAAGCUUGCUCAGCAUGGAGAAUAGGAUCUUCAACUUCAAGGUAAAGGCUCGCGACGGCAGCUUCCCGUUCUACAACUCCACCGUCCCUGUGCGAGUCAAAGUGCUCCCUCCGGAAAUUCCUCUGCCAAAGUUUGUUGAGCCUCUAUACACCUUCUCAGCUGCUGAGGACACACCUGUUGGGACCGAGAUUGGCUCGGUGAAAGCUGACUCAAACAUGCCGCUCAUUUACAGCCUGGUUGAUGGUAACACAGUGGAGAGCAACAGAGAGAAAGUGUUCAGCUUGGACAAAGAAAGUGGAACGUUGCUACUGGAGAAGACCAUAGACCACGAGAGGACCAAGUGGUAUCAAAUUGACGUGUUGGCUCAGGCCAAUCACAAUGGAACGGACGUGGCCUCAAUGGUGUCGGUCAGUAUCCAGGUACGGGACGUCAAUGACAACCAACCAGUCUUUGACGCCAACCCAUACAAAGCCUACCUGGCAGAGAACAUGCCCAUUGGAACCACUAUCAUUCAGGUGACUGCCAAUGACCCGGACACGGACACCAAUGGUCUGGUCACCUACAGCCUGGAGUCACUACCUGAUGAUGACACCAACGCCACUGACCUGUUCUCCAUCGACGGCGAUACUGGCUGGAUUGUGACUGUGCGAGAGGCUGACUGUGAGGCAUCCAGGCUGCACCGCUUCCACGUGCUGGCCACUGACCAUGGCGGCGAUGCCAAGCUAUCAUCCAGCGUCCUGGUGGAAGUAACAGUGGCAGAUGAAAAUGACAGCCCUCCGGCGUUCACUGAGGAUGCUUACCAUGGCUCGGUGGCAGAGAACAGUUGCCCUGGCGAAGUUAUUGUCUCCAUGACGACCACCGACGCAGACGUGUCGCUGGAGAACCGUCUGGUGACGUGCUAUAUCACAGAUGGCGACCCACUGGGCCAGUUUGCUGUGAUUCAUCAGGACGAGGGUGAAUGGGGUUUGAUCACCAAAGAGUCGCUGGACCGUGAGGCCAACGCCGCCUAUGCGCUCACAAUCACGGCCACGGACGGAAAGUUCCAGACGCCCAUCAACGUGCAUGUGGACGUACUUGACGAUAAUGACAACACACCGCAAUGCCAACAGCUGGUGUAUUCAGAGGCUAUCAUGGAGAAUUCUCCAUCCAGCAUGUUUGUGCUGAAAGUGUUAGCUUUGGAUGCAGAUGAGGGCCUGAAUGCUUUGAUCUCCUUUAGCCUGCAUGGUCCUGAUGCAGACCAGUUUCACCUAGACCACGUCACUGGCGAACUGUUCACCUUGGCUGCGCUGGACCGUGAGUUAUUGUCAGAGUAUAAGAUGGUGGGGCGCGCGACAGACGGCGGCGGGCUGUCUUGCCAAGUGGACAUUUUGCUAACAGUCCAGGACAUGAAUGACAACGCUCCACACUUCUCGUCCAGCCAUUACCAUGUUAGUGUGUACGACAACACUACCAGGAGCACACCCGUUGCAGCUGUAUACGCCCAGGACAAAGACACAGGGCUAAACUCAGAGGUGCGGUAUUCCCUGCUGGCAAACGAUGAUGGUUACUUCUCUCUGGACGAGUUUUCUGGCAUACUGCGUCUGGAGCGGGUGCUCGGCCCUGACACGCCGGCGCGCUUUCAACUAAAAGUGAAGGCAUCAGACGGCGGCCUGCCUCGCCCGCUCCACUCCAUCGCUGCGCUCACGGUGGAUGUAGUGUCUCUGAAUGACUACCGGCCCAUCUUCUCCAGUGCCGAAUACCUGGCCCAGGUCCCCGAGUCACUGUCCGUUGGCUCGCGGGUGAUUAGCGUCUCGGCCCUCGACGGGGACACCUCAGUGGUGUACCGCAUCGCAUCUGGGAACGAGGACGGCCACUUCUUGUUGGACCCCAAAACAGGUGGGCUGACCCUAGCCGCCCCGCUGGACUUCGAGGUGUCUCGGGUGUUUUACCUGUCGGUGGAGGGCAGCCGGGGGAGGUCAUCACUGGCCGAUGUCACCAUUGUGGUGGUCAACGUAAGCGACAUCAACGACAAUGCUCCCAUCUUUUCCCGCGGUGACUACAGUGCUGAGAUAUCUGAAGAGCAAGCCCCAGGAAGCCUGGUGAUCAAGGUUACGGCCAGCGAUCGCGAUGGUCCACCCAGCAACAACCUGCUGCGUUACUCCAUCGUGAGCGGCGACCCUCUGCGCCAAUUUGCCAUUGACCCUCGAAGCGGCGAGAUCAGCGUUUGUGCUGGCCUGGACCGGGAGGAGCAUCCUCAUUACUCCCUGACGGUCCAGGCAGCUGACGAAGGCGAUCCACCACUUUUGUCCGCCGUCCUCGUCACCAUCACUGUUGCCGACGCCAAUGACAAUCCACCUCUUUUCUCCCAGAUCCAGCAGAGUCUCCUGUUACAGGAGAGCGAGGCGGUGGGCAGCGGCAUCCUGCAGCUGCUGGUUACCGAUAAAGACACACCCCGCAAUGGACCACCAUUCUCCUUCCACAUUGUCAGCGGCAACGAGGACCAGCGCUUCCAUGUGGAUCAGGGCGGUCUUCUGUCACUGGCGGCACCGCUCAGGAGGACGAGCCGAACACAACAUCGCCUCAAGAUUCAGGUGACGGACAGCGGCCACCCUCCACUCUCCUCCAUCUGUGUGGUCACCAUCAACGUCACUGAGCAGAGCAAGUACUCACCCUCCGUGGUACCCCUGGAGGUCUUCAUCACCAACGUGGGUGGUUUUUUUGCCAAGCACCUCAUCGGCCGGCUCCAUGCCUCCGACCAGGACCCGCAGGAUGUGCUGGCCUACACGCUGGUCUCCGAGGAGCCCGCCGGGCACCACUUCUCUAUGGACAGGGCCACUGGUAAAAUCUGGGUGGACAAAAGCCUGGAGGAGAGUACCUACGCACUCAACGUCAGCAUAACAGAUGGCAGAUUCAGCAUCUGGACAUUGGUGAAAGUCCACGUCUGGUUGGCCACACAGAGGGCGCUGGACUCCGGCUUGACCUUGCGACUGCCCAUGAUUUCUUCUGAGGAGUUUCUGGCAGAUCACUGGCGAGGCCUUCAGCGCAGCCUGGCUCAAGCUCUGACAUUUCCCCGGCAAGAGCUGCACCUUGCCAGCCUCCAGAUGAUUCCUGACACCCAGGCUUUGGAGGUUCUGCUGGUCUGGAGGCCUCAGAGUGGACUGGUCCAGUCGCUACCAACCAACAGACUAGCAGGCAUCUUGUCAGACAUCGAGGACUCUCUUGGCCUGGAUGUUGUCCAUUUAAGCUACAACGGCUGUCUUGGGACCGGAUGUCCGCCACGGGGAUGUCGAAACACUAUCCACUUACCAGGAGACAUCAUGAACCACUUCAGCACCGCCAGACUGUCCUACAUUACGCCGCAGCACCGCUGGGAAAGCGUCUGUCCCUGUAACGAAUCGGCGCUGGGGUUCAGAGACGAAGCCUUCCUCAAGUACGUCCACGGCAUGGACGAGGACCAGCAGGACUUCACCAUCUCCCUGAGUUUUAGAACCUUCCAGCAAGAUGGUCUCCUUAUGAUGGCCAAUGGUACCGACUGGGGAAGCUUGCAGGUAAAUGGCGGUCAUCUUCACUUCUCCUUCAGCUGUGGCAUCCUGCCUCCCUCCCGCUUGGCCCUAGCCUCCCCUGCAGUGUCCGAUGGUCGCUGGCACCAAGUCCUGCUGGAGGUGAGCGCCGCGUCCUUGAGGCUUACUUUGGACCACCGGGCGCAUGCCUCAACCAGCCUGGCAUCGCCAUGCCGCCUGAUGCGCUCUGGCGGAGUCCUGCUCUUUGCUGGUCACCGAUUCCACGGUUGCCUGGAGCACCUGGAGCUUAACGGGGAGCCAAUUAGAGCGGGUGAUGUGUCGGAAUGGAGCAGUCCGGGAAGGAGGCGGGUCUUUGGAGUCUACGAGUGCUGCGCUCAUGCGGGACCCUGCGACCGUAACGCAUGCCAGAAUGGUGGAGUCUGCCAUGAGGACACCAGUGGAGAGUUGCGCUGCAGGUGUGCAGGCACAUUCCAUGGCUUGCGCUGCGAGCGAGAACACAACCCGUGCACCUCCCAGCCAUGCACCCAUGGUCGCGUGUGUGUGCCUAAGGAGCAAGGAUACAUUUGCAACUGCUCAAUGGAAAAUGCAGACGCACGGUGUCACAACGGCGAGGACGUUUGUUUUCCCAAUCCAUGUCCCAGUGGUUUCCUCUGCCAAGUUUCUUUCGGAUCCUUCCACUGCGACCCUCUACCGCAGGUGUCCCCGGUGGUGGGCUACGUGGAGAUGAUCGAGAUUGGCGCCAGCGUGCUGGGCCUUCUGCUGCUAGUGGCCAUAUUUGUUUGCAUACGCAAGCGCUACGUCCUACAGAGAAAGGACAAGAAGAUGAAGAACGAUUCCAACGGUUACACGGCGUCCACAUUGUGCAAGAGCCCGAAAGCUUGUGAUCAGGACAGCGGCCAUAUGGAGCUCAGCUGCAUGACAUCGCCUGCCAACGACCUUGACCACUCCCCCUUCCGCUCACUGCGUCCUCGCAGCCAAGCGCCUACCGACAAGUCGCAUGGACCGGUGGUCUGCAGCGUGGCUCCCAACCUGCCUGUCAGAACCCCGUCCAGCUCUGACAACGACUCGGUCAAGAAGACUCACUGGGACCUCGACUAUGAAGUUUAUCCGGCUGAUCCCGACUAUUUCGGACGUCCCAUGGCCGCUGCCCAAGAAUUCCCUCAAUUUGACAUUGUGGAAGAUGUUUACUCGACGACAGACUCGCGGCGAAACUCUCGCUUCAGUGGCUUCCCAUUCCCGCUUGAGCGCUCAGAUCGCCGCGCUCCGCUACCGCCGUGUUACAGCAACCAGAACCUGGAGCACUUUUUGGAUGCCGACGGCAUACCCCUUCCGCGAUCACAAUGUCCUGAUGCGUACACAUCCACCAGCUACUACCCGGCGAAGCAUGCGGGCAGCCUGGACGGGCACGCGGCGGGUUACAAACGGCUCAGUGUGCGGCUCAGCGUGGCCGGUUCGUCCUGCACCGAGCAGGCAGCGGUGCCGCCCAACGUUGCCGAACCGCAGACACGCCCCGGCGGGUCCGACCUACGCAGUUGUGACAGCGCCAGCAUGCUAGAGAGCGACUUUGGAAGCUGUGAGGAAGUCAUGUUUUAAGAUGCAGCCAGGCUGACCAACUGUGCAACAUCCCGGUACCUUGCGGAAGAACCCCGAUGUUUCAUUUUGAAACAACCUUUCCUUUGUUGGGCUUUCAGGAUACCGAGCUGACCGUCCAAUGUCUUGUCAAAACUGACAAUAAGUAGACGCUGCCAAGGAGCAGACACUAACAAAGCAGAAACUGACAGGAACUCGACACAAACCGCAAACUGAUGCGAAAUAACAAGAAGUGGACAAUGACUGUAAGUGACGGGAAAUUGAUGCUGACAAGAAGUGGAUACUGACAGAAAGCUGAUACGUACAGGAACUGGAAGUUAAAACUGAAUCUAAGAUCGUAAGAUCGUUCUAAACGCCUCGUCCUUCAUGUCAUCAACAGAGGCCGGAUCCUCUGAACAAGGAACAAAAUGAAUGCCGAAAGGUUUUUCAUGAAGUGUUACAGCUGUCAGGCUUCUUAUUGUGAAAAUCCCAGAUGCACCUCCUAGUCACAUACUAACCCUAACCCUGAACAUAGUGUAAUAAUGUCAAAAUAAGAGCAUCCAUUUUCUUAGCAUGUACUUUUUUAAGGUUUAUUUCUGCUCUUAUUAGUCAGACUGAAAUAGAAGCUUAGAAGAAUUCUAGAUGCACUUCUUGGUCACAUGACGAUUGAAAUGUAACUGAAUUUCCACAGUGCCAAAAAGUGGGCAUCAACUCAAUUUUAUGGUUGCAAUUUCCCUGCAACUGCUUUUACAUUGACAGCCUUAAAUUGGGCCUCAAAUCUGACAGUACUGAAAAUGCAGCCACAAUUUCUAAAUAAGCGGCAACAUUUAUACACAUUCACUACCUUUUACUUUUUUACUGUUCAUUUCUUCUUCCAUUAGUCUGACCGACUCAGUAAAAAUAAAAGGUUCAUUCUUUUAUUUUGAAAUAUGUGCACCGCCAUUGUUUCAUGAUUUUUCAAAAGAAGAGUGCCAAAUAGUGAGCAUAAGCUCACCUUGAUUGUUGUCAUUUCUCCCCAACUACUGGAUGUCUUUCCAUAUUACAAGCAUUGAAUAAAGCCGUACUAUGGACUUCAAAAUAAAAGGACCUUUUCCCCCUUACAUCAACAUUGUUUUAGCACUUCUUUUGGAUGAAAACGUGUUUUGCAACAAUGUGAAAUGUUUUGUGUAUAAAUGUGUAUUGUUCAUGUUCUUGUGUUGAAGUGUGAUGUGCAGUUGUGCUGAAUGUUUAUUUUGUUCCAAUCAAAUGUCACAUAGUUUAUUUUUUUAAUGUUUAUUCGCUGUGAGAUUUUAUUGUGAUGCCAUCUGUAAUGUAUACACCAAAUCUGAAUAUCAAAAUAAAGACAUUACAUCAGACAAA